AUGACACAAGUCAUCAACGACGAAGAUCGGACACGCCAAUUGGUAUCGAUCUCGGGAUAUGAUGGCAGAGCCUCCACCCUCUACGAGGAGCACGAGAGCGUCACUACGGCAACCCGCAUUCAGGUCGACGAAGACUAUCCGAAUGGCAAUGGUUCAGCAGAUGAGGAGGUCAGAGGUCGAGAAGUUCCGGCUCCGGCCCUGCCAGCAUAUGAGAAACUUGCGCAGCGGAAUCCUAAACCUACCGAGCACCUUUCAAUCACACUCGGGCCCCCCAUGAUCAUAUUGUUCGACAUUGUGGUGCCAUGCAUUAUAUAUUAUGUAUGGUACGAUAUCCAUCGAUCCCAGUGGGAGGAAGAUUGUCGCGCAUAUACUGCUCGACGGGCAACUUGCCCAAUCGAAAAGCCCGAAUUCGACGACCACAUCCUUGGCUAUGCUGUUGCUUCCUUUGGAAUAGGGGAGCUUUAUAUCUUGAUUGCACGGGUCGCUCGACUUCUGCGAUACAGGGACCAGUGUGCUCCCUUGUUAUCACGCUCCAAGUGGGAGCUUGAUGCAACUUCUUGGGUGUACGGCGUUGCUAUGAUCAUGGCUUUGAUCCCAUUCGUCGUCGGUAGCACAACGGAAAUCCCGCGGCUCUAUCUCUACUCCCCGGGUUUCCUCAUGGCAUUUCUCGGUAUAAUAAUGCUCGUCACUCUUAUUCCGAUCAAAAUCCCCAUCGGGAUUAACUCUCAUCCGAGAGGGACUCGAAUGCGGCCCUUCAUUUACUACGCCGCUGAGGAUUUCAUUGCUGUCGAUGGUCUCCAAGAUCGUGAAUUCCGAGUACGAUAUAACGCCCGAUAUGAUUCGUCCAAGGCUUUCAGACGCAUGUUCCUCGUCCUCACUUUUUGGUGGAUAACAGGAGUCCUGGUAUAUCUUGGCUGCCUGUCCGCAAUCAUCUGGACUCUCGAGUUUCACUAUGCAUUUGGGUCAUCACUUGGUGUUCUGUUUGCAUAUAUCGUAGUUUGGGCGUCUAUAUCAUAUUUUUGGGUGAACAUGGAUAUUGAGCGGCAACGAAAAGCUUACGAAGUAUCUAAGUGUUAG